AUGUCAAAGAAAAAAAUUACAGAAACAGAUUGGGUCACCCGUUCAAGCAGCACUCAACGGACAACAGACGUUAUCGAACAAAGAUCAAAUUCUAGUGGGACGAACAAUAGGAAUUUGUUUGCAUUUGAUAUGCAACAAAUCAUACAAAUGUUCGCGGAAAUGAUGGCUUAUACCGACCGUCUAACAGAAAAGAAUUUCGCGAAAUUGAAGGCUUAUGAAGACCACUUAGUAGAAAAACAAUUAACGAAAAUGAGAAAGCAUUUCUGUGAAAGGAAAGCUGAUGCUGACCGUCGAGAAGAAGAACAAUCCACUGAAAUGACGGCCAAGACCAAUCAGUGGAUAGCCGAAUCAAGAGAGAUGAGAGCCGAAUUACGAGCGGCUAACGAAAUAACACAAUCAACCUUUGAUUUUCUCUUUGUUAUCGAAGAUACAGAUGAACGGAGCGCACAAAUUGAUGGCCUUCAAUUAAUUUAUACUUUAUUUCCUCCAUCUAAUCUCAAUAGUGUUCUUCAUAAUCUAUCUCUAUGUCUUUCUUCAAUUAUCGCUUGGUCUGACUCUGUGUCUUAA